CCUGGUGGGGUUUUUUUUGGGGGGGGGUUGGAGUUGGGGGAUUAUUACACAAUAGUUUUUUCUUUCUUUUUCAUCACUUGAGCCAGUGAUAUGUCACCUCAUGAUAUGUCUGGGCUUCUAGGAAGAAGGAACCAGAAAUCCACAAGGCCCAGUGCUAGCACCUGGCAACUUGAAGCAGUUGUUGGGACCCCAGUGGCUGACAGGCCUCCCCCAUGCCUGCUAUUUGCGUCUCUGAGCCACCAUUUAAAUUUUUAUAUUUUUAAGAAACAAAAUUUGAAUUCCAUUUAAAAGCUUUGGUGUUACUGAUUUUUAAAUGUCAAAUAACAGCAAAAACUACAAAAACAAAUAAACAACAACCAAAAAGGAAUACAGGGUAUUGACAAAAGAAAUAAAAAAUCAGUUAAGUGUUUUACAGCAAAUAUAAAUUCAUAGGGGCUGCCCCGCUUUUCACUGCACUUGCCAUCCUCACAUACCCCUUUGCCAACCGCCCUUCCCUCACACCUGAUCAACCCUUUCCCUUUACAUUUUACCCAUCCCCUCACCUAUUCCCCACAACUUGACCUAGCUCCUUCCCCAAGCCCCACUUGCUUUUAAAGGAGGGGAAAGUAGCAUGCUGCAAAAUGUAUUUGGAGGGCUCCGUCAGGCCCCCAAACUUAGAGAUAACGACCCCUAGAGUAAAGGGUUAACUAAAAAGGUUUACCAUGUGAUUCAUCAGAUUGUUUUCCUUGGGACCCCACACUUCCGAACCUAUCUAUUGCAAAAGAGCAGAUGUGGAGCAAGCAGAGACCUAUGACCCCUUAAAUGCAUCUGUAUGAGACCAGUGAGUCUGCUUUGCUUUCAGAGGUGACAUCAGCCGCUGCCAAUAAGAAAGCACUCUGUACAACUGUAGCAUCAGAGUCUUCUGAAACAGUGACCUGGAUCAUGCUUCAGUAUAAAGCUUGGGCUGUCGCUCUGAUCCUUCUCCUUGCAAAUACCCUUACUGAAGCUGAUGCUAAAGCCAUCUCAAAGAGGCAUGUCCGUAAUGAUUGGAUGGUCAUACCUGACGCAAUUGCAUUUUAUGUGUUUGAUGCUGUGAACAAAGUGUCUCCUAAAACUGCUGAGUCCUUGUAUGGUGCUUUCCAGAAUCCAAUCAUUCUUGAGACAAGGAACUUCUUGAUAAAGACAACAACUGAAAUCAAUCGAGCAUUUCAACAACUGCUGGAGAAUAUACAUGGUUUAUGGACAAAGGAAGAAGCAGAACCAGCACAGCACUAGGACCUAAACGAAUCUGUGGAGUGGAGUGGCCUCUUCCUUGUAUUCAUCAGUGGAUCAUAAUGUGCAGAGGGUUAUCUUGGUAUAGUUUUUAUUAUUAUUAUUUCAUUUUAUAAUGUAUAUAAAACAGACAACAAUUAUAACAACCAACAAAAAAUUAAAGAUGAGAAACAAAACUAUAAAAUAGGCAUAUGGAAUGAGUAAUUGGACAUGAGUUAAAUUAACAAAGUCCAAGUAAAGACUAUCAAAUUUACCAGAUCAUUAAGUUCAGUUUCAGAUUUGCCAGGCUUGUGAUGAAGGUUAUCUUGAAAAUGAUGGCUCCACUGUAUAUGUCAUAAAGGAAUGCCAAAUCAUAUAAAAAGUUUCUGGAGGUUCUAGCACUCAUCGAAAUCUCCAAUUAUGCUUGAUUUUCUCCUUUAUAGCUAUAUUCUAGAGUGAAUGGUACCAAGCGUCUAGUGUAAGAAUUUGGGCUGUUUUCCACUGAAUUGCAAUUAUUGUUUGUGCUGCCAAGAUCUUAUAUAAGACCAGUUCUUUUGGCGAUAUAUUUACAUUGGUAUCAUCAAAAAAUAUUCAGUCACAUGAUUUCCAGUGCCUCACAAAGCAUCACAAGUCACGUCCAAGGCUUUGUGGGGCCUUGGAGGUGGAGUUUGAGGUCUCACAGGGCCUUGGACAUGACUUCCGUGGUUCCCAGACACUGCUGUGGAGCUCACAAUGUGAUGUCACGGCUCAAUGUGAGGUCAGUAUGUCACAUUAUGUCGUAGACCACUAGGCACCCAUAAUCUGGGGCCCAAGUUGGCACCCCUGGAUCCAACAGAAGUCAAGCAUGGCUCUCUCUCUCUUCCCAGCCUGCUUCCAACUUCUAACUUUUAGCUCGCAUAACCCAACUCUCACUCCUACCCUUUGUCUUUCUAAAUACCAGCAAGUUGGGGGAGAGGGUCCUACCCAUUUGUCAUCUCGCAUAGAGCCACUUCCUUUGUUACCUUAAUGACCCAUACUUCAACAAUUACCUCAUCAGGAAGUUAGCCUGGCUUUUCCAGGAAUUGAAAUUGGAUCCAGGAAUUUGAAAGGCGCUCAAGCAUACAGCCUAUGUCUCCUAAACUCAGAACAGUACAAUUUAGAAACAAAUUCAUUUCCCUCUCUACCUGUUGUGUUUAAUAAAUUGUAUUAAGGGUCUCAGAGCUUGUGUUUUUACAUGUUCUUUUAUAAUAAAACUAUAAAUUUGAUGGAAAUAAAUCCAGUUUGUGUUAAGAUUUGAAGUUAAUUUUAUUUGGUUACUGGCUACAGGCUAUAGAUAAUUGGUACAGAAAUCUCGUAAUGUGUAUACAAGAUUUGCAGUAUUCAAAUUGCUUAUCUCUCCCUUGCUGGGAAAAAAAAUCUGGGUGAGUUGAUAUUGGAAUUAAUGGAAAAACAAUAGGUGCAAAUUUAGAUUGCCAUGUUUUCCAUAUCUGAAUAGUACAAUUAGUAAAUGGAUUUGGUAUAGAGUUCAUUAGAUCUGGUUUAAGAUUCUCCUAGCAAGAGAUGUUUAGAGAGUUUGAUUUCCCAGUGUUUAUUCAGUUCCUCUUUGAUUAUAUUAAUAACUGUCUCAGUUGAAAUGCAGAGUAGUAGAAAUAUAAAUUAGGUAUACCCCAUCCAUCGAACUGAGCUCUGCGAAAUAAAAAGUAUUGAGUUAG